AUGAGCGAUCUGGUCUGGGUAUUCAAGUACGACGCUGCUAAACACAAUGUCGUUAAAGUCAACGGUACUGCCUUCAAGGACUGCGUUAACCCGCCUGGAUCAGAGGUGUCGACUUCAGGAAACGACAUUAUAACGCUUAAAACGGCAGGAAACAAAUGGUACCUUUGUGGUAAACCAAAUCACUGCAAUCAGGGCCAGAAGCUUAGCAUUUCUGUCAUGGACAUGAGCGCACCUGAACCUUCCCCUAGUGCUGCUCAUGGGAUCAUUUUCUCUGGAUUAUUCCAAGCGUUCACGGCAGUCUUUGCUCUUUUCAUGGCAUUUAAUUAG